AUGGGUGAGGUUGCUUCCUACACGUUCAAUUGCUGGAUUUCCGCUAUCCAGAAUGAUUUCGCUGCUCGCAUGCGGUGGACACUGACUCCCGCCUACCAAGUAGCAAAUCAUCCGUCUUCGGUGAAGAUAUUGAAUGGUACUACGGUCAAGUCUAGUUUUGGAGCAAGCGUACUGCUUUCAGGUACAGUUCAAGAUCCAGAUCAAAACGAGAUUCCUUCAUCUUGGUGGCAGUAUGCUCAAGGGAGCGCAUAG